AUGGUUACAGUUUCUGCUACCGCUGCCAAUUAUGUUGCUCAAAUGAAUAUGCUUCCAAUGCUUAAUAGGGCAAAUUUCAAGCUGUGGAAAGAGAAUGUGAAAAUUGUUCUCGGCUGCAUGGAUCUCGACAAUGCACUAAGGACUGAGAAAUCCACUUCCACUCAGGAAAAUUUGAACAUGGAUAAAAUUGAGAAGCGUUUAGGGGGCUCGAUUGUUGAGACUACUGAUGCCAAGUUGUUUCUGAAGGAACUUGAGCAAUACUUUGCUCGAAAUGAAAAGGAUGAAAUUAGUCAAACCUUGUCCAAACUCAUAAACAUGAGGUAUAAAGGAAAGGGAAACAUAAGGGAGUACAUUAUGGAAAUGUCUAAUAUUGCUGUAAAACUAAAGGCAUUAAAGUUAGAGCUGCCUUCUGAGUUGCUCAUGUACUUAGUUAUUAUCUCUCUUCCUGCACAAUACGGUCAAUUUGUG